GGAACGGAUCGGAAGUCUGAAGACUGCGCAGAUUUUGUUUUUGAAAAUUAGCCUUAUGUUAUAGAGUGAUGAGGUGGCUGCUUCUUCUGUCCCCACACACACCUUUAUAUUGCCACCUUUACAUAUUUCCCCCUCCUUUCCCCUUAACAGCUGUUAUGGCGGAGAACUUCAGCAGUUGAGCCUUUCACCCAUUACGGCAUCUUCCAUGCUAAAAAGGGGGAAACUACACCUGUUGGACUUCUGCCUGUCGUGGAGCUGUGUGAAAGGCAGUAGCUCUCCAGAGUAAGGCAGAGAUCCCAUCCCAUCACCUGCUGAUCCUUUCAAAUGGAGAUGCCAGGGAUCGAACCUGGGACUGCUACAUCGAAUGAAUGCGGACAGGAGGCACGAUAGAAGAGAUGAAUAGGCAGGGGGAGCCUGCUAGCAUCUGACUCUGAGAGGAAAAAAUGGACGCCGGAGGAAAAAGCCAGGGCAAGGAAGGCAGAAUGGCAAAGAGCUGUGGAGAGACGCCUGUUGCAGGUUUUGCUGCUGAGAGCAGCAGUCAGUUAGUGCGGCCACUUGAGUCACAGCUUGUUGAUCCUGAGGAGGCAAAACUAGAAAGUGAGGUUCAGAAAGGAGGCCCUGUGCAUGAGGAGGAGGAGGGCAUGAAGCAGUGCCAGUUGCCCACAGCCACAUCUGCAGAACAGCAAGUACCAUGGUUUGGCUUUGAGAAAGCUUGUACAUUUGUGAGCCAGAGUGGGGAAAAUGUUGUUGUACGAUGCAAUUACUGCCUUCCAAGGAUCAAAAAUCUGAGAUCAGCUGUUUCCCCCUCAUCCAAUGUGAAGAAACAUUUUGAGAGGGCACACUCUGAGAAGCUGAGAGCAAUUGAAGAAGCAAUAAAGGCAAGGAGACGUGGCCUUCCUGAACCAAUGCAUGACACCCCUCCUCCCAAUAUGCUGAAGCAGCAGCAGACAACCCUUGAGAGGUGGGGAUCUGGCAGGGAUCUGCUUCUUCUGGCAGCCUGCGUACACCCUCGCUUCAAACUAGAUCGGCUGGAAUCGUGUCAGGCCACCACCCAUACCAGCAAAUACACAAUGGAAGCCUUGUUGAAAGCUGAAAUAAAGAUGGGUGUACUUAAUGAGGACAGUGAUCAGUCUUCAGAUAAAGACCAGGAAGGAGAUGACUUAGAAGAUGACUUCUUUAACUUUCUGCCCCAGGGCAAGAAGUCAGCAGUGGACACUGCUGAGGAGGAACUGGUGAGGUACCUGAGGUCUCCCAGCAGGGAAGUGUCAUCACUCCAUGGCUUUCCACGUGUGCUGCUGUGUUUUUUGCAGCACAACACAGGCAUGCCUUCAAGCGCCGCAGUAGAACGCCUGUUCAGUACUGGUGGCAACGUAAUGACUGUAAAAAGACAUUCCUUGUCUGACAUGCUCUUUGAGCAUCUUGUUCUUUUGAGACAUAACAGAAACAUAUUAUAAAAGCAUUUCGAGUGUAAAAUUUGAUUUCAAGA